AUGAAGCUGCGACUAAAAUUUCGUUCUUCUUUCGUUCUUAUAAAUAUCGAAAAUUCAAAUUCUGAACUUCUCCACAUCCUUGAACUGGCGGCAGUACACUUUAAGUUGAAUGCGUAUGCUAUUCAUUUUUUCUUUAGUGUGAUAACCCUUCACCCUCUAGAGCGAACGUUGAGCUGAGCCUGAACGCCAAUGAUUUCUUCGGCUUUGACAAAGCUACCAUGCGCCUUGACGAAUUGGGGGUCGUUAACGGCGAUAUCCUGUACGUGCGAUCCCGCGAAAGCCUCGACGAUAUCAAAAAUACGUUAGAUAACGAAGUACUAUCACGUUCCUCUCAACGUCUAGAUGUUCCAAAAACUUGAUGCAGUCGCCUCGCGUUUCAGGGUUGAGGGAAAAUGCAUAGGCGUUUGCCCUGCAAUAAUUCCACUGGAUAUUGCUGCAACUUCAAAGGGCCUGGAGGUAAUUGCUUUUGCACGCUAUCCUCGUGCUGAUACUGGCGACCAUUUCGCCGAUGGCAUCUUAUCCGGCUCGCAAGCAGGACCGUCUUGUUAUUAAAAGUUAAGAUCGGUGUAGUUGUUCUCCCCUUGUUUUGUAGUUGAUUCCCCCCCCCCCCUUCGUCAAUAUAUCUUUACCAUUAUAUACCGCGCCAAGUUAAACGACGCACACUAUCACGUAAGCUCGCCAAACUAAAAGUAUAGUACAUGAAUCUUCCCCACUUAAGUCUAUAACUGCAAUGCCGCAAUGACCGCAUGUCAUAUCAGUAAUUUUUGUCACUUUAAGAUUUGCCUAUACCCAUCCUAUAAUAGUCAUGGCGAUUCCGGCUGCGAUUUUUUGUACUUCGUUGUCUUAAUUCACUUAGAAAUGAAUGCUUUUUUGCGGUUUCUUUGAUCAGCUUCAUACAGAUCUAAACAGCGUUCGGACAACUGUCGAAAAUUCGCCCGAUAUCGUCCGCCUAACCUAUCUUUACCCUCCUGCGUCUUCGAUGCCGAUCGUCUUUACCACUUUUUCCGUUGGCGACUAUAUAAGUAUAGCAGGUAAAUCUUUUUCUCAUUCUAUCUCAAGAUCCUCGUUUGAUUGGUGCAAAUCCUCACCAUAUACUGUUUUGUGCUUCCUUAUUGCCUCAAACGUUAUGGUUGCAAGUUGAAGCCACACUCCGUUUGUAACUUGCUCCAUUUAUUAAUCGUGUGGAUAAUGUAGCAAGGGCGUUCACAAAUCUGACUGCAGUACAACUCCACUUACAAAAUUAAUAUAAAAAUUGAGGAAAAUAAGUAUAAAUAUAUGUUUAUAAACGCCAUAAGGAAUACGCAAUAAGGAAAUACUUGCCUUAUUUAAUUUCGCAGGCAGUCGCAUAAUGACAGUGACGAUCACUUUCCACGUUUGAACCAGCUCGGUUAAUGCCCACGCAACCAACAUGGCAGCUGGCUUGCGACUUAGUACCAGAGGCUUGGACUAAAUGCUUACUGAGUAAAAUGUUCAGGCUCAAACCCUAGAUUAUUCAAAUCAGGGGUUGCGGACGGCUGGCAACGGCUAAUGCCUCAAAAUGAUCACCCUAGUCUCCUUCGUCUCUGUUAGCAUUCGUUCUGCAUAAUUAAUGCAUUACCUAAGUGUAACUGUGUAUUUUUGAGUCACAGUGUCGGCUGGGCUGGAAAACCAUUUUGCGUGCAUCUUUUAGCCGGAAUAUCAAAAACCUCCAUCGCAAACCAAGUCGCCAUCAAUAAAAAGUCCAACUUUGUAAACUGUGGACUUCUCGACUCAGGUAUGACCAUUCUUUCAUUUAAUUGAGUCUUUUUUUACUUGCAAGUGUUUCGAAUUAUUGAUUGUGUCGAUUGUUGAGGGAAAGGACAGAGUAACCAUCAAGUUGAGGGAUCUACGCCGUGCUCUUAAGGAGCAGGCCUGGCGUCUUUUUUGGAUGAGUGCAAGAUACUCCUUGUCAUGUGAAAACAUUAACAAAGUAAGAAGUCUCUGUUAUCUUAUGGUCCCUUGUUGUGCUUCGUCAAAUAUCACUAAAAGCUUGUUUAUUCGUUAGAGCGACAUAGUUAUGAUUACAGCUGGGGUUCCCUGGAGUUGCAAUGGUUGCAUCUUCGAUAAGUUUAAUCACCGUCUCGACAUCGUAGUUAAUUAGACUAGCAAGUGAAACUUGAACUGCGAAUUGUGACUUGAGAUUUCCUGCUUCAUCCCCAGAGGCUUUUUACAGGUAGUGCCACUGUUGCACCAUCUUACCGUUAGUGUUGCGGCCAUGAAGUUAAACAACUGGCCUCGGAGAUUUGUUCCUGGUUUGUGAAUAUUAUGCUUAUGAAGAAUGUGUUCGACUCGUUUGGAGGCGUUCCACACGUAAAAUAACGACUAGUAUGCUACCAGCCCUUGUUUGCCGUUCAGUUUGCUUCUCGAAAUCACUCACUAUUGUCGAACAGACCUGAUACGAGUUGUGAAGAAGCGAAUUCGGAUUGAAAGCCCAUUUCUUCGGUGAUUUAAUUAUGAGGUUGGCGCCAUUUAAAUAAACGAUUGCAGCAGUCAGCUUGAUGGAGAAGCACAGGCUAAGGAGUCUCUAUUCAAUCGAUUCCCUUGUACACUAACGCCUGACCGGCCAGCAUCCCAGUCGAAGCCAAGAGCGAGACACGUAUGGCUGCCUGUGAAAAAAACAAAUAGCAAAUGUCUGACAAUAAUUUGCAUCAGGCGUCGAGGAACCAGGGCAAAAGUAGGCAACCAUAACUCAAGAAAGACUCGGGCAAAUCGACGAAAAUAUCAUUGUGCUAUGUUAUUCAGACUUAUUUUGCCUCAAGCCCGAAGACCUGUGUCUAACCUUUUCUCGAAUAAACUUUUUUAGACUUGGGCAAGAACGCAAAAUUGAUGUACAAACAACCCCGAGACUUAGUCAUCCGCAUAAUGGAUGAGCUUAUAGAACCCGCCUUGCUUAGGAUUCAUGAUGGUAAGACCUCCUCUGGUACUGGCGGCAGUCGUAUAAAUGCCCUUGCGCCCACUACUGUGCAUCCUUUGUUUUUUUAUAGAGCUAAACUUGAAGCCACGUCUACAUCUCUUACGGCUACCGGAGUCAGUGCUUGUAAGCCUUACCAGUUCUACUUGAUUCUUAUAGCAUACCAACUAUGAUGGUGGAUAUUUUGUGGACAUAUUCUUCUAUCGCAUUUUUACGCAUCUGAGCCUCCAGGGAUUUGUGGUUCGCAAUUCAGCUGGUAUUUUCUUGAAGAUAACCCCAUUAACUAUGGCUGCUGCUGCCGUCGUCAGCGACUGCCUGGGAGGACUCUAAAUCAGCGCAGCGGAACGACUGUUGCCAUAUUAUCACCUCUUUCUGGAAUGUGGAACCCUUCUGUGCUGUUACCUUAAAACCAUCCGGCAUGUAGUGCAUGCUCGUUCAGACAAGGACAGCGGAAGUGGCUAAUAUGAGGGUCGCAGUUGGCUUUGUUGCUGUCCGUCUGGAAAGCCUGAACGGAUUGGUUUGAUUUUCGCAGGAUUCAGACCGUAAGGAUUAAACAUAAUCUGCUAAACUUGACAACACUGGCCGAAUUAUGUUCCUUUGUUUGCUGACAAGCGGUUUCGAAACACCGGAGGCCAGUUUAGCAUAAAGAUUAGGAACGGCUCUCGAUAGCUACUCCGUUGAGCACGAAGAGGCCCACCACCAUCCGGGGUAGCUGUUGGAACUUGCUCAGGCUGACAAAGCACUCGCGCGUCCCUCCUUCAGCCCACGAGGAUGUUUAACACAACGGCGUGUCCGCGUUGCAGCCACUGGCAGCUGGGUUAAUUGCAGACUGCAGGCUUAACUGUGCACGGUCCUGUUACAUUGACUCUUGUUGACGGGAUUUGAAGCCUGGUGGACGUUUUCUUUUCCCGCUCACAUUAACUUCCCAGUUCAGCAAUAGUGAGAUCCCCAGUUUUCGCGCUUGUUAAACCAUUUUGUUUGGUACCUCUUCGUGGGAACUUUUUGUUCAUUUCAAAAUCAAGACGCACUUUCUUUUCUCCGCUCUUUUUCCCUUCCGCCUCCGCUGGGCCCACGGUCGUGCUGUGUGCCACCGAACAGUCCAACAUGCUGACUUACCUCCCCCUGCGCGAUCUGUCUCGAGUUUUUGUAUCCUGCUCGUGUCUGCACAAUCACAUCCGUACAUCUGAGACCAUCUGGCGCUACAACCUGGCACGGUUGGAGGCGAAGCGGCAGCCGGUGGCUCAGGCUGCUCUUCUAAGACAGCAGACACUCCUUAACGGACCCCUUUCUCCUGAGACGACUCCUGGGCCAUCUCAACCCAAGACUGGUGAGUAUACACUGAGGAAUGAGCUUGUCUGUAGACUGCUCAGCGCCCCCGUAAGUGAAGAGUAGUUGAGUGGCGUUUAGUGAUGCAUUGCCACUAAGUGGACUGUCGAGUCUGACGAAUAGGCGGCCGCGCAUGCGGAGUUGGGCACUGAUCUAGCAAAUCUAUAAUCCUCAAGACGAUCAUAAUCUAUGGCAGUAUAACGGCAAAACACAAGUCACAUGGCAAUAAUGGACACAACCUGUAUGCCCAUCGGGAGCGCACGCGUAAAGUGCAGUAGUCGGGGUUAUAUGACUCCCAGUGAAUCGUCUGACUGUAUUACGAUUCCGCACUUUAUCCUUUGAAAAUUAAACCUCUGAACAGUCGACUUUCAUCCUCGCGCAGCCGUUUACUUAUUGGAUUUUGAUGCAUUCUGUAGAAAUACCCAAGUAAGAUACUUUGGGAACCGAUCACGCGACUUUAAGUCCGAUUUUUGGUCAGGGCCCAAACCGAUGUCAGCCCAGCUCAUGCGGAGUAAAGUAUGUCUUCAGUGCUUGCCCUGUCUUAAAGUUCCCAUCACAGCCACGAUAACUGGUACAGCCAAAUUCAAAUACUGACAUUUUUGACCUCCAAGAGAGGUACGUCCGAUCUUUACAUUCAUGGUACUGUCUGCUUAUCUACCGGAAGCAACCAACGUUUUGUGUACAAACUCCCGUCCACUCUAUGGCGGUCAUCAAAUCUCGGUGUCGUCUACAUCCCAUCCACCAAUGACAAUGAAUUACAGCCUACUUUUCGGCACACAGUGUGGCAUGACGUCUCUCUUGCAACUUUUAGAUCCACCGGAAUUAGCGGAAUCUCGGUCUUCAGCCUCCAUCACGUCCGAGCUUAGCCUCGGCGCCAGUUCUGAAGUCAAUCAGGAUUGUCCAUCCUUCCAGGUGGGUGUUCUUCCAGCUUGACGGGUCUCAGCCCCUUUGUCCUGUUUAACUAUCACGAGUCUGUUAUUAUUCGAUGAGUACUAACAAAUUUCACCGCCUCGGCAGCAACAUUUACUUAGUCGGGAUGUGUUUCCGACCGAUUUUCCCUCGUGAUCUAGUUUAUCCCAAUAAAAAAAGUGGCUUUCGAACGGCAGAAGCUUCUAAUAUUGGACUAGCUGGGUACAAAGCUAUCUUGCAAUGAAAAAAAGCUAUAGUGGUCAUUUCAGACAAUUUCAUCAAUCGGCGAUUGUCCAUCGCUAUGUGACCGACUGCAAGAUCUCACCCGGAGUUCACAGGCGUACGAAAUCUGUCCUGUCCUGCUCACGUCCAUGAACUCCAGUGUAAAGUCUUUGUGGAUUCUUUUAACGAUCUCGUGCGUAAGUCGUCUCCUAUCAGCUACCACCCCCGCUUAAGAAACGAUCACUGUUAGGGGCCUACAGUUAGUGACCGAUCUCAUGAAAUGUUGGCUGAAAGUCUGAAAUGCGUUUUCGAUUAGGAAGGAUUGCGUGGGUGCGGUUGGAAUACUCAUUAUCUUGCGGCAUAAUCUUAUAACAUUUCAGACCCGCUUCUGGGAUGUUGGCCGGAAUUCUGAAAUACGUUUUCUAUUAGAAAGGAUUACUCAGGUGGGGUUGCAAUACUGGUUAUCACGCGGCAUAAUCCUAUAAUAUUUCAGACUGGCCAGGAUGUGGACCUUUAAAUGCAGGUUUUUCGACUUCCUGCAGAAACCACACACGAUAAAAAAUGACUACUUACGUAGCAUGCAUUUUUCCCAUUGAUUUUCGGCGGUCUUGCAAAUUCAAAUAUAUCUUUUAGAAACCACAAGCAAAAUAUGCUUUAUUUCAGUGAAUUAGUAGAGAAUUACAUCUUCUUUAUAUUUUAUACUCAAGGAAGGAGUAUAAUUAGGUGUUAGAAAAGUUUCAAAUUACGAGACUUUUUAAGACCGCGCAAUGUUCAUUCACAUAGCAUCGUACCUGGCCGUUUACCAUAGCUCCUCAUUAAAUGUACAACAUAGUCCGCAUCCAUCGCAAAAUUUUAUGGACUCUGUAUGAUAUCCUUUUAAAAUCAUAGAAAAAUAUGUGAUUUUGUCUAUGCGGAACACAUGCACCUUGUAGACUGAAAUCAUCAAGCGCUAAUGCAACGAAUCAUCAGGCUCCAAAUUAUUUGGCAAUUAGAAAACUUUUUAAAACCUUUUUAUACUCCUUCCUUGAAUAUAAAAUAUAAAGACGUAAGUCGUCUCCUCUCAGCAACCACCCCCACUAAUCACUGUCACGGGGUAUGUGCACGUGGAUUUUUUGGCUUAGGGGCUCAAUCAUUGUCAGCGAGCACGGCUGGCAGAGUCAACGCCUGCGGAUUCCGAAUGGAAUAAAUCCAUCUUACCAGUUGCCUCAUCUCGUCUAUUUGUGACGUUUAGUCGCCAGUUCUUCGUCCGGCCCGUAGUGAUCUACAGGCCAGCCACUCUUAACAGCCGCGCGGGGUCUUCGACCACCAGUCCCGCACCACUCGUUCCUCCGAUAACAAUACCUUCGAUUGCUAAGGCACAGCCCCGCAAUCACGCCGGAGGGAGAAUACACUGCACCACAUACAGUCUGCUGAAAAGUCCCUUCAGGGAGUUUUCAGUGUAAGAUGGACUCGCUUAUUAGGGCCUGGUAUGUUGGCGCUACUUGUCGUUGACCGUAAACUCUGUCACAGAAACCGGUUAAUUUCGAGCUUGACGUCUCAAGAAGAAAAUUCGGCCGUCUAUCUCUUGACACCAGUCUUUUGGGUGCACAUUGCACGAAGUAAAAUCUCGCAGUUGAGCGCAGAACACCACUACUAGAGCCUGCCUUAAGUCGGCUCUCAUCCCCCCCUUCCCCAUGGGUACGUCAUUCUUCACUGUUGUCUUUUAAUGAAUUUCUCGUAUGCCUAGCCUCAUCGGAGUCAAUUGUAUAGUCCGAUACACGAACACUUACCAUUUAACACCGAAUCUAGUCCCACUUUUGUCCAUCAGAACUUAUUUUCCAAGUCCACACACUUGAGUUACUUGUAGAUCUGGUCAGCGAGUAGACGACUAACGUCCGGUGUCCCUAUGAGUCACUACUGACCAACUGCUUUUAUGCUCCCUUUUACCAAUCUAUCUGUUAUCUCUCUCCUUCCCUCCAGAAAUUCCUCGCGCGUUAUCACAGUCUUGCAAGUCAACGAAGGUAGGUUGCAAACUACCCCCUCACCCUAACAAACUGUUCAUGAACCUGGCAGUAACUAGUGGCCUUUUGACAACUGCUGGGUAGUGUGAUUGCUUUAGGUAGUUUACGCUGAAGGUCGUCUCCUUCAUCCAGGAUGCGCCAAUUAUUUGGUGGUCUCCCCCUUCAUCGAGGACUUUUCCCCGCUGUUGAACCAAUACCGUGACGGCCCGCAUGCAAGUCGUUAAUUCCUGAAAUAUUGUCACCUGUGUUAGAUGUUGACAUGGUAAUUGUUGGGCCACCUGGUUCACCGGCCUGCGCGCUCCCUUAAGUAGCUAAUUAUAGCGGGCAAAGUAAGUCUCAGCACCGAGUAUGGGGUGGAAGGUUAUUGCAUAUGUUAGUAGACUGAGGUUCCGUGAACCACGACGCAAGCAACUCGCGGCUCAUGCGAUUGUUGCCUCUCGCGAGAAUUUUGGCCUCAUAGAACUUGAAUGUGUGACCGGGUCUCGUCGAACGGGCCGCAGCUUGAGAGUUGACGUUAUUCCUCAGCACUGCUGCCGAGUGUUCGACGAUACGAGUCCAGUGAAGUCUUAUAGUUGCUCCGAAUUAGCCGCCUUGCUCGCAACUGCACCAGAUCCCAUAAACGACUUCUGGUGUUCCUUACCCUGGCAGUGGGUCUUUUGGCCUAAUGGUUGCCUCCGGUCUUUGUGCGAAUUCAAGUGGCGCGAGAAGGCGCUCACCAAAAUUUGGGGUCAGUGUGAUUCAGUUCUGGGCGGCGCACAUGCCGGUAGGCCAGGUGGUCGAGCAAUAAUCACGUCAGCAUCCAAUUCGGGGGACAGAAUUUCAACAAUUAACGACAUGCAUGCCGGCCACUGAGGGGGCAACCGUCAAUUAUCGUAGGUAUGCAGUAGCAUAGCGACUGCAUCCUAUAAAUACUGAAACUUCCCAAGUGCGAAUUACACCGAUUUUAUACCGUCUCCGAUGAUGGGUUCCAGCGUGAAUCGGGCAAAUAAAGCUCUCGUUCCAGCUCUUCUCAACUGCCUCCUGGAGAAUUCGCGCCUUCGGUUGCAUCGAAUUCUGACCUAAUUGCCAUUGUAAGUUAUCCAUGCCUUCAGCCCCCUCCGGGCUGGCAUGACCCGAAUUCCGAGGUCGCCGAGGCAAACGUUGUGCCACCGAGUCACAUACUAGCGCCUUGCCAGCCGUGAUCAGCAGUACUCAAUCACAGGAGAGUAACGCGCAACGACCCAUCACUAAUUGGAAGUUUAUGAGGCACUCACCAAUCAGUGGAAAUUGCUGCCCUCCCCCUCCACCUAUACAGCCGGCCGCACCCUUCAUGCAAACUGCAGUGUCAUCAUCGUUCUUGGGGGUAACCUUGUAAAACUCAGUUUAUAAUAGCAUCGGACACAUCAUACCUCAUUGGUUCAUCUGUCAACUUUUCAUGGGAAAUUUGUUUACUACUGGUGUCUGUCCCACGACUUCCUCUUGUGCAAACAUACGACAAUUUCGAAGGCAUUAAACGUCAAGGAGCACUGGGAAUCGUAGGAUUUCAAAGUGAUAAUUCACCGCUGGAUUUCUAUGGCCCGAAAAUCUACGUAUAUUGCAGAACCAUCAAACAGGCCGCAUGCUGUGGCAUAUUCCGGCCGUUGCAAUUCUCAAAUACUAGAAUUGUUUCCCUUUAUUCUCCUCCAAAAUUUAGCUGGCAUCGAAGGUAUUGAUUAUGAUUUCGCUCAACAAACUAGUUAUAUGGUUUAUAUCAUCACAUGACAGGUUUAAAGAGUAGGCAAUUUAGUAUUGGUAUUACGCAACAAGAUAAUGUGAACAACCGUUAACCUAGCUAAUCCGUACCCAGGUCUAAUAAAACCAAAGUUGAUUUGGGUGAUCUGCGGAGGUCCUAUUUUUGCAUAAUCGAUUUAAUUGAUUGCCACGAAACUAGGUGAUCCAGUGUUCUACAACGCUUUACGGAAGCAUUUAAAAAUCGCAUUUCACUCCUACUAAGAUGUAAUUUCUCUCGCGUGGAAGUGACCAGAAUUAUGCUUUCACAAUGUCUGAACUCUACCCAGACGAGGCGGUUGAUAGGGAAAAUGAUGGCCGUCCCAUUGUUUCCGAGGAGACAUUAUUUUUCGUUAAACUUUACGGCAAUUCUUUGCAAUCUUAUGAUCUAUCCUAAAUGCACCGGGAUAAGGAUAAUUUAAUUAAAUGAGAAAUGCCAAUUGUAUAUAUUUUUAUUUGGCAUAGUCUGUACUACCACACCUUAUUUUUGUAUUUAUGCCGUCACAUAAUAUGCGUGCGUAGACAAAUGCAUCAGUCAACUGAAAAUGCAUUGUAUUUUGGACAAGACUGGCCAAAGUGCGAAGACACAUGUAACGGUUCAGACACAUUUGUCAGGCACUUAUAGCCGGUAGGCAGAAUUUCAAGAAAGGCUCCCCGGCCGUCACAACUGCCUAUCGAGCUAGAUCGAUGAACAUCACUGGUACAACUCUGACCUCACUGUUUUACCUCCUUUUCUUUCAGGUAUCGUGUAUUUACGACCUUCGCCUAA